AUGAAUAAUAUUGAUCGAAUACUACAUGAACAUGAUCCAUCAGUAAUUGCUUGUUUAUUAGCUCGCAUUUUACGUAGACAAGGUAUUGGUUUAAUACCUAAUCCAUUACGUCGUUUAUUUAUUCAAUUAAUUAGUAGCAUCAAACAAAAUGAAAUUUAUCAACGUCGUGCUAUACGUUUAUUAUUUCUAUUAUGUCCAAUACGUUUAGUUCAACAAAUUAUUAAACCAUUAUUUGAAUUAAUGGCUACAGUUGCAAAUGAACCAGAUUGUGAAGUAGAUGAAACUAGUUUAGCCGUAUUAUUUUCACCGAUAUUCUUUCUUGAUCGUUCAACUACUACACCAAUUUCGUUAGCUAAUCCAUUACCAAUACAUGUAUUAAAUUUAUGUGUUAAAUUAGCACGAGAUGAAUUAAAAACUAAUUUAUCUGUUACAAGAUUAUUUCAAGUUCCUUCAUUAUUUUUACAUGAUUGUACAAGAAAUUUAAUUUUACAUCAAACAUCAGACAGUCCUGCAUUGUGUUGUAGUCUUAAAUAUUGUGUUACUAUGACACCAAGUCCACGUUCACAAGGCAAGAAAUCGAAUGAAUCAUUAACAAAAUCGGAUUCAUCUACCAUGAAUACAAAAUCAAAUAAUCCCAUAGUUAAUUUAACAGCUGCAUUCUUAGCUAAAAGACCACGUGCUCAUUCCCCAGUUUGUGGUAACUCAAAGGAUUGUGUCACUCCAUUAGUUAAAAAUACUUUACACGGUCCAACACUUGAUUUCCGAAUACGUCGUACACCUACACAUACUGUUUUACGUAAUCAAAAUGUAAAUAUGAUUCGUUCUCCUGUAUCAGCAAUUUAUAGUCAUUCAAAUGGAAAAUCAUCUAAAUCAGAAAAUCAAAUAAUAUAUCUGUAG